AUGCUAGAUACCUCUAAGCUGGUUGCACGUUACGAGCUAGAUCGAAAGCGUGACCGGUUUCAUGGGCACAGAACUUCGCAAUUAAUUGAGCUGUUGGAGUUUAUUCGCAUCACGGCGAGCUCGUCUGACGCGGUUGUGAUCACGGGAGACUUCAACCUCGAGUCCAAUACACCAGAUAUUGCAUUCUUCAAGUCCUAUUUGGGAGUUUCGGACGCAUGGAAAGACAGUAUUGUGCGAUAUUCGAACGGUCCACUUAGUACUGAAAUUUCGCACGAGCGAUUGGAAGUGGAAGGUUGCACUUGCGAUCGGGCCGACAAUCCGUACAGAAACGACGAAUGGACUAAAUAUUAUGGCAAUGGAGAACGACUGGAUUACAUUUUCUAUCGAGCAGGUAACGGUCCUCUGGACUCCGAAUCCGCCCCCAAAAAUAUUCAACUCACAUGUCGCUCCCGUUGGUUGGAUAUGCGUCAGGUCCCGAACGAUGCGGAUAAGUUGCACUACUCCGAUCACGUCGGUGUUGGAGCGCAGCUGACAAUCAGUCGUGUGUCUCCUACCACGGUAGCGCAGCAUAAUCGAAAAUUGAGUUUGGAAUCGACGAAACAAAUGGAAACCGUGCUUCUCGAAUUGGCGGAUCACAUCAACAGUGGUUUGCAACAAUGUCGCCGCGAGCGUAUUUUGCAUCUGAUCUUCGCAGCUGGAAUCGCUUUCCUGUUGUUCUACAUUCUCACCUACGGACCACACAGACAUUGGUUCCUCGUGUUUCUCUCCUUCUUAUUGGUCAUCGUUCUCAGUCCCUGUUGUUUUUUGCUUCUAUGGGGUUCACUAAUCGGUCGUAUCACGGAACGCCGUGCGCUGACCAAUAGCGGAAUCAUUAUCAAUCUGAUCUUAGCCCAAAUCAAAGCGUGUAUGAAGCAAUCGGAGGGAGAUACACACGCAAACGGGGAUUACACUAUUCUGUCCUAUUGA